CUCUGUUCACCAUGGUUUCUGGAUAUGCGACCUCCUCAACCAGCCCUAUCACAUUGAAAUGCCCUCUUUUACCAGUCUUUGACCCUCUUUGCACGGCUUCUGUCGGGCCCGAGUUGAGUUCUCGUGAUUUAGAGUUGUGCGUCUCUAGCCUCAGAGUCACCGGUGUCUCGGGCCGCCGUGCGGUCACAAGAGGAGGAACAACAUUUCCGGACAUUCCGUCUCCCUCAAGCUCGCAUCUCAAUCGAUACUUCUAGGGUAACUCAAAGUUAACGUUCACAUCGUGGAGCCCGGUCCGAAGGCCUUCCGUAUGUAUAAAACGCGGUCGAGGUGAACGAUUGCCCACGUAUACGUCCACUCAAGACUUCGACCCCGCUGAGACGAAGGUCUAACACAUUCCAGUUUGCUCGAUAUGCCUCGUGUUAUGAUAUGUGGUGAUUUGGUCUGGGCACACCAGGAAUGCCAGGAGAUAUUCAACGGUCUUGCAGAGGUCGUGCCAAUGGACUCUCCGGACCGCGCAGACUUUCUCGCUGGUCUCAAGCCGGGUGGAAAGUACGAAGGUGUCGUAGGGCUAUACAGGCACAACGUAUCGACAGACCGUAUCGGCCUCUUCGACAAGGAGAUACUCGACGCCCUCGCAGCUGCCGGCGUCAAGUGGAUCGCGCACAACGGCGCAGGUUAUGAUCAGAUCGACGUUCUCCAUUGCAAGGAGAAGGACAUCUGGGUAUCAAAUACCCCAGGCGCGGUUGACGACGCAACAGCGACGACGGGCUUCUACCUCAUGAUCUCCGCGCUGCGCUGUUUUUCGCGCGCCGAGCGCACGCUCCGUGCCGGCGGGUGGAAGUCGACCCACAAGGCGGGCGAAGCACACGACCUCACCGGACGCACGCUCGCGAUCCUCGGCCUGGGCGGGAUCGGGCUGCGGCUCGCGGAACUCGCGCACGCGUUCCCGAUGCGCAUCGUCUACCACAACCGGCGCCCGAACCCGGACGCACCCGCGUGGUGCGAGUACUUCGGCGCGGACAGGCUGGACGAGAUGCUCGCGCAGGCGGACGUGCUGAGCGUGCACGUCCCGCUGAAGGACUCCACGGUCGGCAUGGUGGACGAGAGAAUGAUCCGGAAGCUGAGGCGCGGAGCUGUGAUCGUCAACACUGCGCGAGGCAAGGUCAUCGACGAGCCUGCUAUGAUCAGGGCUCUAGAGGACGGACACCUCGGUGCACCACAGGUGAACCCACGUCUGAUGGAGUUUCCCAAUGCGACGUUGCUCCCGCACAUGGGUACGGAGACGUGUGAUUCGCAGAAGAAGAUGGAGAUCCGUGCUCUCUCAAAUCUGCGCGACUACCUGACAAAGGGCAAGGGCCUCGAUAUCAUCCCAGAAUUUAAAUAGAGGAAGUCAAUAAGAUGUGAAUUCAUUGUAUUCAUCCUUCAGAGUUGCACAUCGUUUACUACAAGACCCUCCACGUGCGUGAGGGGUUUGUGUCGAACCUAGCACAUCGAUAUCGUUCUUCUGAGCACCGUUGUGACUGUUUCCGAUUAUGUACAGUGAGUAGACGCUGG